AUGUGCGUCAUCAAUGGCUUGUCCUUUGGGUACCUGGCAUAUCAUGGUAAGGUUCUUUCUCGUCCGGCGGAAUCCAGCAUAUUCCUCUCCCCCUCUCCCCUGCUCCAAAACCCCAAGGCCUCGUUUCGCCCUCUGAACUUGCUGAUCCGGACAACACGUUCAGCUCCCGAAGGAUCCCUUCUGCGCUAUCUCUACAUCCUCGCCGCAACCGCGAGUGCCUCGGGCGUGCCCUACGCACUCACCUUUCUGCGUCGGACCAACGGCGCUCUCUCUCGAAAGGCGGACCGUCUUGCAGGUCCGGGCGGCGGAGAGAUGGCACUGACUUACGCCUUCAACGAGAAACGGAGCAUCGACCGAGAUAGGAAGAUGAACACCGAGGAGGCAAUCAAGCGGUGGCAAUGGCAUAAUUAUGUGAGGACUUGGGUUUUGGUCUUGGGUACGGUCGCUGGGGCAUUGGCCGUGGCAAUGGACUGA